AUGGAUAACAAGUUUUAUGUGAACACUAACGGCGAACGCAACAUCUGGUCCACGGCGGCGGAGGAGAAUAUGACAACAGCGGCGUCAUCGUCUCAGUCACAACCGCCGCAGAUGCAGUCGUCUAAGUUUCAUCAACCGGAGAACCACAUCCAUAUAAAUGAUGGUUUCUCGAGUGGUGCUUUUGAUUUGCAAACCCUAGAAUCCUCUUUUCGUGGACUUUCUUUUGCAGAUUCAAAUGUUCAUCAGAACGGUAAUCCGAUACUCCCCGCCCAUCAAUACAAUCAGGUGUUUAACGGUGGAGGUGGUAGUUAUGGUGAUGGGUACUUAUUUCCUCCAAGUGGUUCUUAUCACCACUAUGAAUUAAAAGACUUGCAAAGGUUUAACCAGAAUCAACAGAGAUUGUCAUAUCAGAACGAUUAUGUUAAUCAAUCUUAUAGGUAUGAUACUAUUGGUGGUGGUAAUGGGAUGCUUAACAAUAGUUUCUUGAAUGGAGUUCCUUGUGCUUCAAGAAACAAUGUUUCAGAUUACUACACUAAUAUUUUUGGGUAUGGAGUUAACAAUUCUUGGAGGAGUAAUGAAGGUUGUACCUAUAAUCAAGAUCAGGCGGCCUCGUCGAUGGAGAAUGGGAGGGGCUCGUACUUUUCCAUUGCUACAGACCGAGUAUGGAGCAAGGAAUUGGAGAAGACUAUCUUUGUGGGUACUAAAGAGACGAUUGAUAUGAUUUUCGAUGGUCUCAUUGUCGGUAUUUGUGAGUUGAUGGUUGAUCCUUUUGGUAAUGAUGUUGUUAAGCUGCUUAUCGGAAAAUGCAGCUCUGAACAGAUCAUUCUGAUUGUUGAUGUUGUCACUCGGCACAUUUCUAAGUUUGUUAACAUAUGCUUUAAUCCGAUCGGAACUUUGGCAAUACAAGUUCUGUUAACUAGUAUUCAUGAGCGUGCUAACAAUCAAAUCCCGCGCAUUAUGGAUGCUAUAAGCUCGGUAGCACUUCAAUUGACAAGGAACACCAAUGCCAAAUAUGUGAUUCUAGCAUGUUUCCGCAUGUUUACUUCGUCGCAGUGUAGGCGUCUUCUUGAAGUUGUCUCUCAACAUUGUUACCAGAUAGCGAUUGAUCAAAACGGAUGCUGCUUGCUUCAGCAAUGUUUUGACAAGGAACGUGUUCCGAAUCAUGAGAUAAGGCAACGUUUGAUUUCGGAAGUUAUCGAACAUGCGUUGAAACUCUGCUUGAACUGUCAUGGAAACUAUGUGGUUCAAUAUGUCGUGGAGCUCGAUAAUCAACAUGAAACAGAUUUGCUCGUGAAUAAGCUACUUAGGAACUAUGCGCAUCUAGCCCGCAACAAAUAUGGAAGUCAUGUUGUGCAGAAGUUGUUGAAACUAAGGGGUAUCGACUCUAAGCUGAUUGUUGUUGACUUGCUUAGAGGGAUUGAUACACUUCUUCUUGACCCGUUUGGUAACUAUGUCAUUCAAACCGCAUGGUUUGUGUCUAAGGAAGAUGUGCGCCAGAUGUUGAGGUAUUAUAUAGAGCGUAACAUUCGAUUGAUGAGGUGCAACAAAUUUGGGAACAAAAUUCUGGAGAAACUCAAUAUCUAGAGAGAGCUGAAUGGUAGAAAGAAGAAUUUGUUUUUGAUGUUGU